AUGUCUGUGUAUCUAUUUAUCUACUGCUGUUUGUAUCUCUCUUUUCCUCUAUUUCAUUCUUUCAUAUCUAUCUAUCUAUCUAUCUAUCUAUCUAUCUAUCUAUCUAUCUAUCUAUCUAUCUGUCUACAGCUCAUUUUUUUCCAUUCUCAAUAUUCCUUUAUGUUUUUGUUCUUAUCUUGUUCUCUCUCCGUUUUCGAUCUAUUCUUUUUUCCCUAUCUUUUUCUUAGGUUCUCUCUCUCUCUCUCUCUCUCUCUCUCUCUAUCUAUCUAUCUAUCCAUCUAUCUAUCUAUCUAUCUAUCUAUCUAUCUAUCCCUCCUCUUUCUCUUGCAUUGCUUUUCUUCAUUACUUUAUCUCUUACUUGCAUUCAAUAUUUUUCUUUCUUUAUAUCUUUCUCAUAUUCCUUCACUUCUUUUCUUUGGCUCACUCUCUCCCUCUUUCUUUCAUUCUCUCUCUCUCUCUCUCUCUCUCUCUCUCUCUCUGUUUCAUUGCUUGUCUUCAUUUCUUUAUCUCUUUCUUUCAUUGUUUCUCUUCCUUUCUUUAUCUCUCUCUUACAUUCCUUCUUCUCCUUUCUUUAACACCCCUCUCUUUAACACUCUCUCUCUAUCUUUCUUUCUCUCACACACACACACCUACAUAAUUCCUCUUCCUUUCAUUAUUUCUCUUUUGCUCAUUCUUUCUCUUCCUUCUUUUCUCUCUUUUCUUUUCUUCUCCUCUUAG